AUGCCAAAGUACUCAUUGAAGAACAUUGACAAUGUUGAUGAUGUUGUGAUGAGAGCUGGAGGCAAUAACAAUCUUCCACCAAAUGCAAUAAUCACAAUGAAGACUGCAAUAUGUGUAGAUAAACUUGAUGAACACAAUCCAUUAUCAUUGCAACUGGACGUCACUCGUGUCAUCCUCACUGAAGCGUUCAGCGAUGUCCUGCAUGCCGACUCACUGCCACCAUCACUCACCGCGCUAUCAAUAGAGUCCAACCCAUUCUACAACAUCACACUAAAGCCUGGCUGUCUCCCAUCAUCACUCACCUAUCUCAACUGUGGCUUUAACUUCAUCUCACCUCUACCAAGUCCAUUGCCGCCCUCGCUCCUCCAGCUGAGCUUUGGCUACUGCUUCAACUGCCCCCUCCCACCCCUGCCCGACAGUCUUACAGCGCUCGCACUUGGCACUGCAUUCAAACAACCCAUCAACUCAGUGCCGUCAUCACUGCGCAUUCUCACCUUGGCCAACUUACUACAGACCAAUCUAUUCAAGACUGCGCCACCCUCGCUUGAGACACUUUGCAUCGCUGAUCCAACGACAAUCACGGAGCACUGUCGAGACCGUCUGACCUGGCUGCCACCAACCAAACUCUCUACAAUGGUCCUCAGACAUGAAUUGAAGACGUAUACAACUGGCAGCAAGGCCAAGUGUUGGUCGUAUCUCACUAGUGCAAUGUAUCAUGCACCUAACGCGGACACGUUUGCCUACCAGCUAAAAGAGGAACGUCGAGUGGUCAGGGCGAUUGCCAGGAAGUUGGGUAGCGAGGCCAUCCUAUUCGUGUACCUGGGGCAACUUGAUCUACGAUCACCAGAAACCGUGCGUCGAGUGUUCAUCAUGGCAACACCAUGGGCUGAGCCUUACCAUCACCAAGUGUUGGACCAUCAUGCCAAUGCCAAACACACAGAGUCCUCUGUCAAGAAGAGUAGUGGAGUACUCGGCAAGAUCAAAUCACUCAUCACCAAAUGA